AUGAACCGUUCACGACCUCGGCUCAAGAAUGGAGUCGACCUUCAGCUGCAGUCCGCCUUCUCAGACGGCAACUGGCCAGUUGUGAUCCGACUCGCUGAGAAGCGGAUGCGGAUGCUGAACGAUCAGUAUUACCAGAUCCUAAAAGUCGUUGCAGAGUCCCAGCUUGAUGACCCAGCUCAGAAACUGGCGGCUGUCACGGCUCUAUAUCAGUACGUCAAGGACGGGACUGUGAUCAAGGAUGUGGACGCCAUCGAUCUAUUGGAAUGGGCAACCGGAGAUCUCACCCAUGAAGAUGAGUUCCUAGAGACUCUGGGCCCGUUGCGAGUAAGAGCUGUGAAGGCUGCUCCCAAAGACAAAGUUUCAGCAUCACGUGAUUUGGAGUCAUGUCUUUUGCAUUGGGACCUCAUUAGCUCUCAACAAACAAGCUCACAGGCUGAUGCUACCAAGAAGAAGCUCUAUGGUACUUUAGCGCUGAAACAGAUAGAGAGAGCUGCUCAGGCCACAGAGCAGGUAUUCCAAGCCGACUCAGCUGCUCCGGCACCGGCCCGGGGCAUUCAAUCAGAAGAGGAGAUCCUCCUACUUUAUGAUAUCAUGGAAACCCACGGGUCAUCAGCAGACCUAGAGAAGGUUACGAGCAGUCCAGUCUUCGGCCCUAUCUCACAAUUCCGUCAGGGCCGGAAGGAACCUUUAUUACGGGUGAUUGCCAACAGCCGUCGCGGCGGCAACUGGAAUUCUAUAUUCCGUCUAUGCAAUGACUGCUUGUCUGAGGUCGAUGAAUCUGGUGAGCCAAAUCUGAUGGCUUCGGACUGGUCGAUAUGGAAGGAAUUCAUUGAGGCUGCAAACCACAUCAAGUCUUCUGACGAGAGUGCCCCGAAAACAGUACAGGAACUUCUCCUGAAACUAUCCAAAUCAACAAAGCUGCGUCCCAUAUAUAAACGGAAUUUGCAGCUUGCUCGAGUGUCUGCUGCCUUCUAUCUUGCCACCAACGACAAGGAAGAUUCUGGGAGUAAUGCGGCGUCCUCUUUACAGUUACAAGAGCUUACCCAAUAUAUCGAAGUCCAUGCUACCAGCCCAGCUUGUUUUGAUGAUAUCAAACCUUUCAUUGAACUUUUGGGUCCUUUGGGCAUGAAGAAUCUGGCACACAAAAUUCUCCCAGACCUUCUGAAAAGAAACGAGAUUGAAGGUCGGGCUUCAAAAGCUAUCAAAGUCCUCACUCUCAAAGUCCAGUACUUCGUUUCAACAUCACCCCUAUCAUACACCACUAUCCAUGGGUCUUCCCCCAGCUACAAGUGUUCAUUGUGUGAAAGCGAAACAGGCACACCCUCAUGCUUAUCUUGUUUUUCUACUCUUUCAUGGCAAGGAAUUCAAAUCUACAAGUCCAUCACUGAGGAAUCGCCAGAUGGGUUUUCUGCCGAAUCCGAUACCCUUUCAGAGCUUGUGCUUCUGAUCGCUUUCUGCAGCCUUCAGCAGGCCAAGCUCAAUUCUAAGCCUCCUUAUUCCGCAGAAUCGACCCGACACAUACUCCAAGCAAUGCUCCUCCUUGAACAUCAACUUGCAUUCAACCCGAAACACAGCCAGUUCUUACUCCUUCUCCUCCAAAUGCACCUUCUUGUAGGCUCAGCUCCUAGGUCUCGCCAACUGUUGGAAGACCUUACCAUUAAGCGCACAAUCAUGGAUUCGUUGGGUCCCCUAUUUUAUGAUCGCCUUUCAACACUAUCUCCAAAUGUUCUAUCACCUUCCGACAAUACAGGUUGGCAAGUGAUGGAUAUGCUUUCAUCGCACUUCAAUGUUUCACUGAAGCUCAGGAUGCCUCGUCGCCUUGUUGACGCUUUCGAAUCAGAGUGCUAUAGCUCGGUCUUGAGUAUCCCUAAAUACAUCAAUGAUCUUCGGAGAAGUUGCACGCGGGCAAUGAGUCUUGUGGAAGAGAACAGGUCCGAGAGACUCCUUGGCUGCCCUACUUGGGAAUUCUUCAGCGAGGAUCGCUAUACUGAAACUACUGAUGACACGGAACUGAAGAGUGUUAUUGAUUAUGGAUCCUUCCCUUCCUGGGAGAGCAGUGCAGUAUCCCCGCUCUAUUCUCGCUUGCGAGUUGGGCCGAUACCAAGCAAUCGCCGACUUCACCUUGCCCUUCUUGCCGAAGGCUUUCAGGAAACCCUGGGGUACAAGCCCCCUACAGCAUACAAAGUCGUCAAUACCACACUAGCACCAGACCAGCUAUUUGUGCUGGAGUCCCUGAGCCAGAUCAACAAUUCUCUGUCCCGCUUCCUCCCCGGCCCCGAUGACGAGCUCACAGCACCAGAGAUUGUCUACUACGAUCUCAUCAAUCUCCUGAGCACCCUUAUUCCUCUCUGCGCUACUAGCCCACGGUCAGCUGGCUCCGAGGAAGUGUUCGGCGAGCUCACCAAGGCGGCAGAGGCUGCGUUAGACACCCUUCGUCUCCAGCUUCCUUCCGAAGACGAUGACAGUCUUGAGGGAACUAUUUCUGCGCUUGGGUCUAUGCAUGGCCUAGCAAUGUACCGAGAUGCCGCUGUUGCCAUUUCAGGCACAGCACAGUGGAUACUUGACUUUAACAAACAUGAAAAGGAGCGCGACCGAUCCGGUCAAAGUAACCUCCCCAAGGACACAGUUGGCCAGGUCACGGCCCUGCAGUCCGCCGCCGCCGCGGCGCUCAAGGAUGGUCAAUCGCGGGUUUCCGGACUCAAAGGCCGAGUCCAGGGCUCCUUCCAGUCCCGACUUAAGACAUGGGUGUUCGAGGGUGCAGAGGAUAUCCGAGACAUUGUCGAGGACGACAUCGUGGCUGAUUUGGCCUCGCACAUAAGAGAAAACGUACAGGGCUGGCAACAUGUGAAAUGGGAGUAA